GUCGACACAGGUAACUCGGGUACCCAAGAAAAAUAAAGUCAUUCAUUCGCAGUGAGAAUCCUCGUUUUAAUUGUUGUUUUUCUUGCUAAAAGUGCCGGUGCUUCAUUAAUUUUUAACUGAAAAAUGUCGUUUUACGUGCUCCUACUGCUCUCCGGGAGUUUCCUGUUGUCCCUCGCUUAUUCGGCCAAAGUAAUUUCCACAUCUUCAUGUAAAUGUUGGGAGGACUAUCAGGCGGAAAUUGGGGAAUCCGGACUGCAGUGUGUCGCCUUAGAUCAAUUCCACGUGAUGCCGUGUAAUAUGCCGAAAUUGCCAAAGUGCGAAUGUUCCGGUGGUAUCAGCAGCAUCUUGAAAGACGAGAGCGGCACUUGGUGCACGAAAUACACCAAAGGGGAGGAACUGAUGCGAUGGCCCUGUGAAAACGCGAAGGAGUGGGACGAAUUUUUUAAAAAACACCCUAAUUUAGUUUAAGUGAAUUUUGUCAACUAUGUGUUAUAUUAAGGAUUUCCGAUUAAAUUUAGUUUUUUUUAAAGGUUGCCUAGAAUUUAUUUUUAAAGUUCUUAAUAAAAAACAGACAAAAAUUAUUAUUGUUAUUCUGAAACUUUUUUUUUUAAAUAAAAUAAAUAUUCUCAAUCGA